AUGAGACAAUCAUCAAUGUUUCUCUUUGCCAUUUGCACAAUGAUUUUCCCAUCGAUCAUUGUUGCACAAUAUGGACAUUGUGUUGCACGAAAUGGUCGUAGUGGAGAAUGUAUAAGUACAAGUCGAUGUAAAACUCUUGGUGGAACAUCAGAUCCUGCUAAUCUUUGUCCAGGAGAUCAAUCAAUUCAAUGUUGUACUUAUCGUGAUUGUCGUAAUACUCAAAAUAUUGCUGGUAUUUGUCAACCAACAGCAACAUGUGGAGGAAAAUCAGAUCCAGCUAAUCUUUGUCCAGGUGGAAAUAAUAUUCAAUGUUGUACAGGUGGUGGUAAUACUGGUGGUAAUCUUCCUCAUCUUGAUGCUAAACAAUCAAAUUAUGCACGAAUUAUCGCACGAGCUGCAAAAGAUAAUGGAUUACCAUUUCGUGCUUGUGAAGUUGCUAUUGUAACAGCUAUUGUUGAAUCAAAUAUUCGUGUUUAUGCUAAUUCAAAACUUCCCGAAUCAUAUAAAUAUCCUCAUGAUGCUGUUGGAUCUGAUCAUGAUAGUGUUGGUAUUUUUCAACAACGACCAAUCUAUUGGGGAACUAUAAGAGAUUGUAUGGAUCCUCGAACAAGUGCGAAUAAAUUCUACAAUGCUCUCAAAGGUGUCGCUGGAUGGCAAAAUGUCAGUGUUGGUACUGCUGCACAAAAAGUUCAACGAUCAGCUUAUCCUUNGUCUCUUGUUUUUCUUAAUCGUUUGUUUCUUUUAAUAGGAUCUGAUCAUGAUAGUGUUGGUAUUUUUCAACAACGACCAAUCUAUUGGGGAACUAUAAGAGAUUGUAUGGAUCCUCGAACAAGUGCGAAUAAAUUCUACAAUGCUCUCAAAGGUGUUGCUGGAUGGCAAAAUGUCAGUGUUGGUACUGCUGCACAAAAAGUUCAACGAUCAGCUUAUCCUUUACGAUAUGAUCAACAUGCUGCAAAAGCAUUAGCGAUUUGUCAAAAGGCAUAUUAA